AUGGGCAACGAGGCCAGCUUGGAGGGUGGCGCUGGCGACGGGCCGCUGCCGCCUGGAGGCCCUGGCCCUGGCCCGGGCCCCGGUACAGGGAAGCCUCCUUCAGCACCAGCUGGCAGCGGACAGCUCCCCACGUCGAGCACUACGCGGGCCACCCCAGGACUGCAGGUUUCAGGCGAAGGCCCUGGCAGAGGGUCAGGUAAAGGGCCUGGGAAUGUUUCCCGGAGACUGGACCCCAAGGAGCCCCUGGGUAGCCAGAGAGCAGCUUCCCCAACCCCAAAGCAAGCUUCUGCUACUACUCCUGGCCAUGAGAGCCCCCGGGAGACAAAGGCACAGGAGGUUGAUGGUCCCAGCAGGACGCUGCAGGUAGACAGCAGGACGCAGAGAUCCAGGCGGUCCCCCUCAGUGUCACCGGACAGAGGCAGCACCCCUACAUCACCCUACUCCGUCCCCCAGAUUGCCCCCCUUCCCAGCAGCACCUUGUGCCCUAUAUGCAAGACCUCGGACCUCACGUCGACCCCCAGCCAGCCAAACUUCAACACCUGCACCCAGUGUCACAACAAAGUCUGCAACCAGUGUGGGUUCAACCCUAACCCUCAUCUCACCCAGGUGAAGGAGUGGCUCUGUCUGAACUGUCAGAUGCAGAGGGCUCUGGGAAUGGACAUGACCACUGCACCUCGCUCCAAAAGCCAGCAGCAGCUACACUCUCCAGCGCUGUCUCCUGCCCAUUCUCCAGCCAAACAGCCACUGGGAAAGCCAGAGCAAGAGAAAUCUCGUGGCCCUGGGGGACCACAGCCUGGCCUCCACCAGGUUGAGACAGCCAGGGCCACCACAGCACCGGGGCCUGCCCAAGCAGCUUCCUCUUCAGAGGUGGGGAGGGUGUCUCCUCAGCCCCCUCUCCCCACCAAGCCUUCUAUAGCUGAGCCCAGGCCAUCUGCAGGAGAGGCUCUGGCCAAAAGUGCCACUACAGUGCCCUCUGGGCUUGGUGCUGGUGAGCAGACCCAGGAGGGCCUCACUGGGAAGCUCUUUGGGCUUGGUGCAUCACUGCUGACCCAGGCAAGCACCCUCAUGUCUGUGCAGCCUGAGGCUGACCCCCAGAGCCAGCCUUCUCCCAGUAAGGGACCACCCAAGAUUGUUUUCAGUGAUGCCAGCAAGGAGGCUGGCUCAAGACCCCCAGGCUCAUGGCCUGGGCCUGGGCCAGCACCUGGAGCCAAAACUGAGCCUGGGGCUAGAGCAAGUCCUGGAUCUGGGCCUGGAGCCCUGGUGAAAACUGGGGGAACAACCAGUCCAAAGCAUGGCAGAGCAGAACAUCAGGCAGCAUCCAAAGCUACUGCCAAGCCAAAGACCACGCCGAAGGAAAAGGCCACCUGCCCACUGUGCCAAGCUGAGCUCAAUGUGGGCAGCAAGGGCCCAGCCAACUACAACACCUGCACCACCUGCAAGCUCCAGGUGUGCAACCUGUGUGGCUUCAACCCAACGCCCCACCUUGUAGAGAAAACCGAGUGGCUCUGUCUGAACUGCCAAACUAAGCGGCUAAUGGAGGGCAGCCUGGGAGAGCAGACCCCCCUGCCGCUUCCCACUUCACAGCAGCCCUCUGCAGGAGCCCCUCACCGUGCUUCUGUAGCAGUCCCUAUGAAGCAGAAAGGGCCACAGGGACUGAGCCAGCCAUCAGGGCCCCUACCUGCCAAGGCCAGUCCCCCACUCACCAAGGCCAGCCCUCUGCCCACCAAGGCCAGUGCCCUGCCCACCAAGGCCAGUCCCCAGGCCAAGCCCCUCAAGGCUUCUGAACCCAGCAAAACCCCAAGCAGUGCCCCGGAAAAGAAGACAGGAGUCCCUGCUAAAGCUGAGCCUAUGCCGAAGCCACCUCCAGAGACUACCCAAAUCCCUGGAACUCCUAAACUAAAGAGUGGGGUGAAGAGGACUGAACCUGCCACUCCUGUCAUCAAGGCUGUUUCAGAAGCCCCCAAGGGUGGAGAAGCAGAGGAACCAGUGGGCAAGCCUUACUCUCAGGACCUGUCUCGGAGCCCACAGAGCCUCAGCGACACAGGCUACUCCUCUGAUGGCAUCUCUAGCUCGCAGAGUGAGAUCACAGGUGUUGUGCAGCAGGAAGUGGAGCAGCUAGAUAGUGCAGGGGUGACUGGGCCACGCCCACCCAGCCCCUCAGAGCUCCACAAGGUGGGGAACAGCAUGCGGCCUUUGUUGGAAGCCCAGACAGUGCCCCCCAGUAGUGAACAGAGCAAGCCACCCUCCAGCAGCACUGGUGAGGAGCAGAAGCGGAGGCCUCGCUCUUUGUCCAUCCUGCCUGAGGCCUUUGACUCAGAUGAAGAGCUAGAGGAUAUCUUGGAGGAAGAGGAAAACUCUUUGGAGUGGGGGCGCCAGAGGGAGCAGCGGGAUGCAGCCGAGUCCUCAGAUGACUUUGGCAGCCAGCUGAGACAUGACUAUGUGGAAGACAGCAGUGAGAGUGGCCUGUCCCCUCUUCCACCCCAGCCCCCAGCUCGGGCAGCAGAACUGACUGAUGAGGAAUUCAUGCGACGGCAGAUCCUAGAGAUGAGUGCUGAGGAAGACAACCUGGAGGAGGAUGACACUUCCACCUCUGGGCAUAGCCUGGCCAAACAUGGCACCCAGAAGAUUGGUAUCAGGCCCAGGCCUGAGCCUAGCCAAGAACCAGUAGCACUGCCUAAGAGGCGCCUGCCCCACAAUGCCACCACAGGUUAUGAGGAGCUGCUCUCUGAGGGAGGCCCAGCAGAGGCCACUGAUGGCAAUGGAGCCCUGCAGGGUGGGCUCCGCCGCUUCAAGACCAUUGAGCUCAAUAGCACAGGCAGCUAUAGUCACGAACUAGACCUGGGCCAAGGUCCUGACCCCAGCCUGGACCGGGAGCCCGAGUUGGAGAUGGAGAGCCUGACAGGCUCGCCUGAGGACCGCUCCCGUGGGGAGCACUCCUCUACACUGCCUGCUUCCACACCCAGCUACACAUCAGGCACCUCUCCCACCUCUCUGUCUUCAUUAGAAGAGGACAGUGACAGCAGCCCCAGCCGUCGGCAACGACUAGAAGAAGCUAAACAGCAGCGCAAGGCCCGGCACCGAUCCCAUGGGCCUCUGCUGCCUACCAUUGAGGACUCCUCGGAGGAGGAGGAGCUUCGGGAAGAAGAGGAGCUGCUGCGUGAACAGGAGAAGAUGCGUGAAGUAGAACAGCAGCGCAUCCGGAGCACGGCCCGCAAGACACGGCGUGACAAGGAAGAGCUACGGGCCCAGCGACGGCGUGAGCGCUCCAAGACACCACCCAGUAACCUGUCACCCAUCGAGGAUGCAUCCCCCACAGAGGAGCUGAGGCAGGCUGCUGAGAUGGAAGAGCUACACCGCUCCUCCUGCUCUGAGUACUCACCCUCACCCUCACUGGACUCAGAGGCUGAGGCCCUGGAUGGUGGCCCCACCCGGCUCUACAAGUCAGGCAGUGAGUACAACCUGCCCACCUUCAUGUCCCUCUAUUCACCAACUGAGCUGCCCUCAGGCAGUUCCACCACUCCCAGUUCUGGGCGACCCCUCAAGAGUGCUGAGGAGGCCUAUGAAGAGAUGAUGAGAAAAGCAGAGCUUCUCCAGCGUCAACAGGGCCAGGUGGCAGGGGCCCGGGGCCCCGAUGGGGGACCCCCUCAGCCCACAGGCCCUCGGGGCCAGGGCUCCUUUGAAUACCAAGACACCCCAGACCAUGACUAUGGCAGGGCUGCUCAACCUGCCACAGAGGGCACUCCAGCCAGCCUGGGAGCAGCUGUAUACGAGGAGAUCCUUCAGACAUCACAAAGCAUAGUCCGCAUGCGGCAGGCUUCCUCUCGGGACCUAGCCUUUACUGAGGACAAGAGGAAGGAGAAACAAUUUUUGAAUGCUGAGAGUGCAUAUAUGGACCCAAUGAAGCAAAACGAAGGCCCACUUACCCCUGGUACUAGUCCCACCCAGCUUGCUGCCCCUGUUUCCUUUUCCACCUCCACCUCCUCAGACGGCAGUGGGGGCCGAGUUAUUCCUGAUGUCCGUGUCACACAGCAUUUUGCAAAGGAGCCUCAGGAACCCCUCAAGCUACACAGCUCUGCUGCCUCCCCCAGCUCGGCCUCUGAGGUAGGCAUGUCCUUCUCCCAGGGCCCUGGGACCCCAGCCACCACAGCCAUGGCUCCUUGUCCAGCCAGCCUGCCACGAGGGUAUAUGACUUCAGCCUCCCCAGCCAGUUCUGAGCGCAGUCCUUCACCAUCUUCCACAGUCCACAGCUAUGGACAGAGCCUAACCACUGCAAACUACGGGUCCCAAACUGAGGAGCUAUCCCAGGCCCCCAGUGGCCCUGCUGCAGGUGAACGGACUACCAGAGAGAAGCCUCUGAGUGGUAGUGAUAUUGAGGCUGGCACUCCUCAACCUUCCCGGAUAUAUUCCUAUUUUGCAGGCUCUAGUCCGCCUCUCUCCCCAUCUUCCCCCUCAGAGAGCCCCACAUUCUUUCAAGGCAAGCUGGGUUCAAGGACCACAGCAGAGUUCUCUACACAAACACCAAGUCCAACCCCUGCUCCAGACAUGCCACGGAGCCCUGGUGCCCCCACUUCUACCCCUAUGGUAGCCCAGGGCACACAAACACCACACCGGCCCAGCACACCUCGCAUGGUGUGGCAGCAGUCUUCUCAGGAGGCUCCCUUUAUGGUCAUCACACUGGCGUCAGAUGCUUCCAGCCAGACCAGGAUGGUACAUGCCAGCGCCUCUACCUCCCCACUGUGCUCACCUACUGACACCCUACCCACCGCUCACAGCUACAGCCAGACAACACCUCCAAGUGUGUCUCAGCUGCCCCCAGAGCCACCUGGCUUCCCACGAGCACCCAGUGCUGGUGCAGAUGGACCACUGGCACUAUAUGGCUGGGGUGCCCUUCCUGCUGAAAACAUCUCCCUGUGCCGGAUCUCCUCUGUCCCUGGAACAUCUAGAGUUGAGCCAGGCCCCAGGCCCCCUGGCAGUGCAGUAGUGGAUCUCCGCACAGCUGUCAAGCCCACACCUAUCAUUCUCACUGACCAGGGCAUGGAUUUGACCUCUCUUGCUAUGGAAGCAAGGAAGUAUGGCCUUGCCCUGGAUCCAGUCCCAGGACGGCAGUCAACCACUGUGCAGCCUUUGGUUAUCAAUCUUAACUCCCAGGAGCAGACCCAUGCCUUCCUGGGUACUGCCACUACCGUGAGCAUCACCAUGGCCUCAUCUGUGCUCAUGGCUCAGCAAAAGCAGCCUGUAGUAUAUGGAGACCCUUUCCAGAGCCGGCUGGACUUUGGUCAGGGUUCAGGUAGCCCUGUGUGCCUGGCCCAGGUCAAGCAAGUAGAGCAGGCUGUCCAGACAGCACCAUACAGAGGUGGGCCCCGAGGAAGACCUAGAGAGGCCAAGUUUGCCAGAUAUAAUCUGCCCAAUCAGGUGGCACCUCUGGCCAGAAGGGACAUUUUGAUCACUCAGAUGGGUACCACCCAGAGUAUAAGCCUCAAGCCAGGCCCAGUGCCAGAGCCUGGAGCUGAAUCCCACCGGGCAACUCCUGCAGAGCUACGAUCACAUGCUCUGCCAGGUUCCAGGAAGCCACACACAUUGGUGGUGCAGAUGGGAGAGGGCACAGCAGGUACUGUGACCACACUGCUCCCAGAAGAGCCAGCAGGUGCCCUGGACCUUACUGGGAUGAGGCCUGAGAGCCAGCUAGCAUGCUGUGACAUGGUCUACAAGUUCCCCUUUGGCAGCAGCUGCACUGGCACCUUCCACCCUGCCCCCAGUGCACCUGAGAAGAGUGUGGCAGAUGCUGCCCCUCCUGGCCAAAGUAGCAGCCCUUUCUAUAGUCACCGGGACCUUGAGGCCCCUGAGCCCCCCACCUACCGGGCACAGGGAGUAGUGGGGCCUGGGCCCCAUGAAGAGCAGAGGCCCUACCCACAGAGCCUCCCUGGCAGGCUAUACUCUUCCAUGUCCGACACCAAUUUGGCUGAGGCUGGCCUCAACUACCAUGCCAGGUUGGGACAUCUCUUUCAGGGCCCCGGACGAGACACAGCUAUGGACCUCAGCUCACUGAAGCACUCCUACAACCUGGGCUUUACAGAUGGACGCUAUAUAGGCCAGGGCUUGCAGUAUGGAUCAUUCACCGACCUCCGUCAUCCCACAGAACUUUUGUCUCACCCACUUCCCAUGCGGCGCUAUAGCUCAGUAUCAAAUAUUUACUCAGAUCACAGGUAUGGCCCACGGGGAGACACAGUUGGCUUUCAGGAGGCUAGUCUGGCUCAGUAUAGUGCUACCACAGCCCGCGAGAUCAGCCGCAUGUGUGCUGCUCUCAACUCCAUGGACCAAUAUGGCGGGCGGCAUGGCAGUGGUGGCAGUGGCCCUGACCUUGUGCAGUACCAGCCCCAGCAUGGGCAUGGGCUCAGUGCUCCACAGGGUCUGUCUCCCCUCAGACCUGGCCUUCUUGGCAACCCUACCUUCCCAGAGGGCCAUCCAAGCCCUGGGAAUCUGGCCCAGUAUGGGCCUACAGCAGGUCAGGGAACAGCAGUCAGACAGCUGAUGCCAUCCACAGCCACAGUGCGUGCAGCUGAUGGCAUGAUCUACUCAACUAUCAAUACUCCAAUUGCUGCAACCCUGCCUAUCACCACCCAGCCUGCCUCUGUACUGCGGCCCAUGGUACGUGGUGGCAUGUACAGGCCUUAUGCAUCUGGUGGAGUCACAGCCGUGCCACUUACCAGCCUGACACGGGUGCCCAUGAUUGCCCCCAGGGUACCUCUUGGACCUACAGGACUGUACCGAUAUCCUGCACCAAGUAGAUUCCCCAUGGUUUCUAGUGUCCCACCUGCUGAGGGGCCUGUCUACCUGGGGAAACCUGCUGCUACCAAGGCCCCAGGGGCAGGGGGCCCACCAAAGCCAGAAUUGCCAGCAGGGGCUGCACGGGAAGAACCUCUUUCCACAACUGCCCCUACUGCUGUCAAAGAGGCUGUAAUAGCCCCAGCCUCUGCCCCACCACCUGGCCAGAAGCCACCAGGAGAAUCUGCUACUGGGGGCAGCAGUGGGGUCCUCAGCCGCACUGUGCUUGAGAAAGAGGAAGCAUCUCAGGAGGAGCGGCAACGGAAGCAACAGGAGCAGCUGCUACAGCUAGAGCGGGAACGGGUAGAGUUGGAGAAGCUGAGACAACUGCGGCUGCAAGAAGAGCUAGAACGGGAGAGGGUGGAGCUGCAGAGGCAUCGUGAGGAAGAGCAGUUGCUAGUGCAGCGAGAAUUGCAGGAGCUGCAGACCAUUAAGCAUCAUGUACUGCAGCAGCAGCAAGAGGAACGCCAAGCUCAGUUUGCACUGCAGCGAGAGCAGCUGGCUCAGCAGCGUCUGCAGCUAGAACAGAUCCAGCAGCUCCAGCAACAGCUCCAGCAGCAAUUAGAGGAACAGAAGCAGAGGCAGAAGGCCCCCUUCCCUGUAGCCUGUGAGGCACCCAGCCGAGGGCCUUCCACUGGUACCACUGAACUGGCCCAGAAUGGCCAGUACUGGCCACCCCUAACCCACACAGCCUUCAUUGCCGUAGGAGGGCCAGAGGGGCCUGGGCAGCCUCGUGAACCUGUGCUGCACCGGGGUCUUGCCAGCUCUGCCUCAGACAUGUCACUGCAGACUGAGGAACAGUGGGAGGCAGCCCGCAGUGGCAUCAAGAAGCGGCACUCCAUGCCACGCCUGAGGGAUAUCUGUGAACCAGAGUCAGGGCCCGAACCCUGUGUGGUCAGGAGGAUUGCAGACAGCAGUGUUCAGACAGAUGAUGAGGACGGGGAGGGCCGCUACCUCCUGACCCGGCGGCGCCGACCUCGGCGGAGUGCUGACUGCAGUGUGCAGACGGAUGAUGAGGACAAUGCCGAGUGGGAGCAGCCAGUACGUCGCCGUAGGUCCCGUCUUUCCCGUCAUUCAGACUCAGGCUCUGACAGCAAGCAUGAUGCCACUGCUGUAUCAUCCACUGCUGCCACCACUGCAAGGGCCAUGAGCAGUGUGGGCAUCCAGACCAUCAGUGACUGCUCUGUGCAGACAGAGCCUGACCAGCUGCCCAGGGUCUCUCCUGCGAUCCACAUCACAGCUGUCACCGACCCCAAGGUGGAGAUCAUCAGGUACAUAUCGGCACCAGAGAAGACUGGGCGUGGAGAGAGCCUGGCCUGCCAGACAGAACCAGAUGGGCAGGCCCAGAGUGUUCCUGGACCACAGCUUGUAGGCCCAACUGCCAUCAGCCCCUAUCUGCCUGGCAUCCAGAUUGUCACCCCAGGACCCCUGGGCAGAUUUGAAAAAAAGAAACCGGAUCCUCUGGAGAUUGGGUACCAGGCCCACCUGCCCCCAGAGUCUCUCUCACAGCUUGUGAGCCGCCAGCCUCCUAAGUCCCCCCAGGUCCUCUACUCACCAGUCUCACCCCUGUCCCCACACCGGCUCCUGGAUACCUCCUUUGCUUCCAGUGAAAGGCUGAACAAGGCUCAUGUGAGUCCCCAGAAGCACUUCACAGCUGACAGCACUCUCCGCCAGCAGACGCUGCCUCGCCCCAUGAAGACCCUGCAGCGGUCCUUGUCUGACCCUAAGCCCCUCAGCCCUACCGCCGAGGAGUCUUCCAAAGAGAGAUUCUCCCUCUACCAGCACCAGGGGGUUCUGGGUAGCCAGGUGUCGGCGCUGCCACCCAACGGCCUGGUCCGCAAGGUGAAGCGGACACUGCCCAGCCCCCCUCCAGAGGAGGCUCACCUUCCCCUGGCUGGCCAGGCCCCCCCACAGCUGUAUGCAGCCAGCCUGCUGCAGCGAGGGCUGACGGGGCCCACCACCAUCCCUGCUACCAAGGCCAGCCUGCUCCGGGAACUGGACCGGGACCUGCGGCUGGUGGAACAUGAGUCCACCAAGCUGCGCAAGAAGCAGGCGGAGCUGGACGAGGAGGAGAAGGAGAUUGAUGCCAAGCUCAAGUACCUAGAGCUGGGCAUCACACAGCGCAAAGAGUCAUUGGCCAAAGACCGGGGUGGCCGUGACUACCCACCCUUACGUGGCCUUGGUGAGCAUCGUGAUUACCUUUCAGACAGUGAGCUCAACCAGCUACGGCUUCCAAGCUCCACCAUUCCCGCUGGCCAGUAUGUGGACUUCCCUGCCACUGCUGCUGUGCCACCCACCCCCUCUGGCCCCGCUGCCUUCCAGCAGCCCCGGUUCCCACCUCCGGCCCCUCAGUAUACUCCAGGAAGUAGUGGGCCAACUCAGAAUGGAUUCCCAGCCCACCAGACACCCAUCUACCCUGUCCCUAGCACAUACCCAGCACCUACCUUUCCUCCUAGCACCAGUUACCCAGCGGAGCCUGGCCUGCCAAAUCAGCAGGCUUUCCGUCCCACAAGCCACUAUGCAGCCCAAAUACCCAUGCCAACCACACAGAGCACCCCUUUUCCAGUCCCUACUGAUAGUCGGGCCCCACUCCAGAAGCCUCGCCAGACAUCACUAGCUGACUUGGAGCAAAAGGUACCCACUAACUAUGAGGUGAUCACCAGCCCUGUUGUGGCCAUGUCUUCAGCCCCCUCUGAAACCAGCUACAGUGGCUCAACUGUGAACAGCAGCUAUGAGCAAGGCAAGGUCACUGAGCUGUCCCGGACCAGUGACCGUAGCAGUGUGAGCCAGAGCCCAGCCCCCACCUACCCCCCUGACUCACACUAUACCAGUCUGGAGCAGAAUGUUCCUCGGAACUAUGUGAUGAUUGAUGAUAUCAGUGAGCUGACCAAGGACAGCACCCCUACUGUCCCUGAUAGCCAGCGACUGGAGCCCUUGGGGCCAGGCAGCAGUGGGAGACCUGGGAAGGAGCCUGGAGAACCAGGUGUCCUUGAGGGGCCUACACUGCCCUGCUGCUAUGCCAGAGGGGAAGAGGAAUCUGAGGAGGACUCGUAUGACACCCGUGGGAAGGUUGGUCAUCACCGGAGCAUGGAGAACAAUGGACGACCAGCCAGUACCCACUACUACAGCGACAGCGACUAUAGACAUGGAGCUCGAGCAGAGAAGUAUGGUCCAGGGCCUGUGGGACCCAAGCAUCCCUCCAAGAGCCUGGCCCCAGCUGCCAUCCCCUCAAAGCGCAGCAAACACCGGAAGCAGGGCAUGGAGCAAAAGAUCUCUAAGUUCUCACCUAUUGAAGAGGCCAAGGAUGUGGAGUCUGACCUGGCCUCCUAUCCACCAUCUGCUGUUAGCAGCAGCCUCGCCUCUCGGGGCAGGAAGUUCCAGGAUGAAAUCACCUAUGGGCUCAAGAAGAAUGUGUAUGAGCAGCAGAGGUACUAUGGGGUGUCCAGUCGGGAUACAGCAGAGGAGGAUGACCGCAUGUAUGGUGGGAGCAGCCGGUCCAGGGUGGCAUCUGCAUACAGUGGGGAGAAGCUUUCCAGCCAUGAUUUCAGUGGCCGAAGCAAGGGGUAUGAACGGGAACGGGAGGCUGUGGAGCGACUUCAAAAAGCGGGCCCCAAGCCUUCAUCCCUGAGCAUGGCCCACAGCCGGGCACGGCCCCCCAUGAGGAGCCAGACCUCUGAAGAGGAGAGUCCCGUCAGUCCCUUAGGGCGGCCCCGCCCUGCUGGGGGCACCCUCCCUCCUGGGGAUACCUGCCCACAGUUCUGCUCCAGCCACUCCAUGCCUGAUGUCCAGGAACAUGUCAAGGAUGGACCACGGGCCCAUGCAUAUAAGCGUGAGGAGGGCUACAUCCUGGAUGAUUCCCACUGCGUGGUUUCUGACAGUGAAGCGUAUCACCUGGGCCAGGAGGAGACGGACUGGUUUGAUAAGCCCCGGGAUGCCCGCUCCGACCGGUUCAGGCACCAUGGGGGCCAUGCAGUCUCCUCCACCCAGAAGCGAAGCUCUGCCAGGCACAGCUACCACGACUACGAUGAACCCCCCGAGGAGGGCCUGUGGCCUCAUGAUGAGGGUGGCCCAGGUCGCCAUGCCUCAGCCAAGGAACACCGGCACCACAGCGAGCAUGGGAGGCACUCAGGCCGUCAUGCUGGUGAGGAACAGGGACGGCGUGCUGCCAAACCACAUGUUCGGGACAUGGGUCGUCAUGAGGCCCGGCCCCACCCUCAGCCCAGCCCUGCCCCAGCCAUGCCGAAGAAGGGUCAGCCUGGAUAUCCUGGCUCUGCUGAAUACUCACAGCCAUCCCGUGCUCCAUCAGCAUACCAUCAUGCCUCUGACAGCAAGAAGGGCUCCCGGCAGGCCCACUCUGGGCCUGCUGCACAGCAGCCAAAGCCAGAAUCCCAGGCACAACCACAAGGUCGGCAGGUAGCUCCAGGGCCACAGCAGUCACAGCCACCAGCAUCCAGACAGACACCCUCUGGGGCAGCAUCACGCCAGCCACAGACACAGCAGCAGCAAGGUCUUGGACAGCAGCCUCCCCAGCAGGCCCCAUCACAGACUCGGCUGCAGCAGCAGAGCCAGCCAGUCACCCGGGGCCCAGCCUCUGCUUCUAGCCAGCCAACAGGAAAGCCUCAGCCAAGCUCCAUGACAGCCCCAGCCCCCCAACCAGGAGGACUGCCACGGGCAGAACAGACAAAUGGCUCUAAAGUGACAGCCAAAGCACCCCAACCAGGGAGGGCUCCUCAGGCCCAGCCAACACCGGGACCUGGACCUACAGGCAUGAAGACUGGAGCCAGGCCUGGAGGGACACCAGGGGCUUCUGCUGGUCAGCCAAGUACAGAUGGAGAGAGUGUUCUCUCCAAGAUCCUUCCUGGUGGAGCAGCAGAGCAAGCUGGCAAGCUUACAGAAGCUGUCUCUGCUUUUGGCAAAAAAUUUUCCUCAUUCUGGUGA